AUGGCGGCCCCAACGACCGAAACGCCCGUAUCGGCCAUCCUAAACCACUCCGCCCCGACCUACAACUUCCACUUCUCCCCCUUCCUCCGGCGGACGUACCAGGUCGGCCUGCCCCCCGACCGCCCCGUAUGCCGCGCCUUCCAGACGGGCAACUGCCCCAACGGCACGCGCUGCCCCGAGCGGCACAUCACGGCGGACUCGCAGGCGCCCUCGGGCGGGCUCAACUCGCUCGUCUGCAAGCACUGGCUGCGCGGGCUGUGCAAGAAGGGCGAGCACUGCGAGUUCCUGCACGAGUACAACCUGCGCAAGAUGCCCGAGUGCAACUUCUUCAUGCGCAACGGGUACUGCUCCAACGGCGACGAGUGCCUGUACCUGCACAUCGACCCGCUGAGCAGGCUGCCGCCGUGCCCGCACUACGACAUGGGGUUCUGCGCGCUGGGGCCGCGGUGCGCGAAGAAGCACGUCAGGCGGAAGCUGUGCACGUUCUACCUCGCCGGGUUCUGUCCUGACGGCCCCGAGUGUAAGAUUGGUGCGCACCCCAAGUGGACCAGGGAUCUGGAGAGGCCGAGGGCGAGGAGUGAGGAGCGGGAGGAGGAGAUGCUGAGGAUGGCGGAGGCGGCGAAGGAUGAGGAUCCUGAGAGGUCGAGAGAUGGGCAUCAGGGACGAGAUCAUGAGGGCGGUGGCAGGUUCAUGGGACGUGGUGGGAGGGGCGGACGAUGGAGGGGAGGACGAGGUCGGUAUCGGAGCAGAGGGCAUUAG